CGCCGCGUGAGGGCGCGAGGGACGGAAGCUGGUCAUCCGGCCCGCGUCCGGGCUCUCUCCGUGCGCUUUGGGGACUUUGCCUUGGUGCGGACGCGCCCUGCGCCCGAAUUCCCGCGCGGCGUCUGGGUGGUGGUGAUCUUGGACCUCCGUGAACCAAAACUGAGUUGGAGCUACCAGGUGCUGCCUGUGCCAUGGACUCUGAGGUCAGCAAUGGUUCAGACCUCAGGAAUGAGUACAUCACAAACUUGCUGGUGCUUGACUUCCUCCAAAGCUUCUCUGACUGUAAGUUUCACCAAGAGCUGAGAACUCUGGGCCAGGAACUACCUGUGCGAACUUACCUGGAGGGGGAACGUGAAGAUGAGCUGCAGACUGACGGCAACCGUGCCAGUCUCUUCAUGGGAAGAAUAGAGGCAGAUUCUGAAAGUCAAGAAGAAGUUAUACAGAACAUUGCCCGGCAUCUUGCCCAAGUCGGGGAUGAAAUGGACCGUAGCAUCCAGCCAGAACUGGUGAAUGAACUGGUGGCACGUUUUAUGAAUGCUGGACUGUCAGAGGAAGACAGAAGCAACUGCCUGGACACCACCCUGAAAGCAGCAAUGCAGACUUACCCUAAAGACAUGGAGAACGAGAAGACCAUGCUGAUUAUGACCAUGCUAUUGGCCAAAAAGGUGGCCAAUCAUACACCAUCCUUACUCCAUGAUGUGUUUCGUGCAACAGUCAACUUUAUUAACCAGAACCUAUUCACCUACGUGCGGGACUUAGUCAGAAACGAGAUGGACUGAAUAGAUGACUGCGGAAGCACAACAGGCUAAAUUUGACGUUGUGACAGCAGUGUAGCUGCCUCCAGAGAGGAGCCAUGGCCACGUAAAUAGAUAUCUUGGAAAAGAGAGGCCCGGAGAAGAGCUCUUUCUCCCUGAUUUCAGGAUAUUUUCAGCUGGUGACCCAUUUAGAAAUUUCUACAUUGAUGUAUUUUGGACGAAAAAGUCAACUUGCCCACCUUUGAGUGGGUCUCAUCUGCCAUCUCCUACAUGUGUACCUUGUGCCUUUAUCUCAACAGCUUACAGGUUCCCAUUUGAAAAUUACAUUGAAAAAUAAGUUGUAAGGCAGAAGGGAAAACAUACUUAGUGAUUUUUGAUUUUUUUUUAAUUGCUGUUUAUUAAGAAGGAGAACUGCACAUACCCCAUACAUAUUUAAAUUUCUGCUAAAAGCAGGGCUCAUUAUGUUUCCAAGAGAGUGAUAAAUAUAAUCUGUGUGAAAUCCUAGCCAAAUGGCUCAGAGGUUCUGGACCAAGGUGCUGUUCCCAGACCAUGGCAAACUCUGGCCUCAACACAGAUGUUUAGUUUGAUUUCCUUGCAGAUUUGGUUUUUGUUUGUUUGUUUUGGUUUUGGUUUUAAUAUUUUUAUCUGUAGAUGGACACAAUAUCUUUAUUUUUUUAUGUGGUGUGGCAAUUUGAACUCAGUGCCUGACACAUGCUAGGCAAGUGCUCUACUACUGAGCCACAACCCCUGCCCGAUUUCCUUGUGUUUAAGUCAAGAAAAUUAUUUAAAAGGUGUCAUGACAAUAUGAGGGCCCAUGUAAACCAGUGUGUCCAAAAUCAAGCAGCUAAAUAUAUUUUUCCUCUUUCCAAGAAGUCAAGGCUUUGAUAACAUUUGGAAGCUCAUGGAAUGCCAGAUGUCCUAUUAAUAAACUUAUCAUAAUUGUUUUCAGCCCCAACCCCCACUGAGUUCGUCCAAGCAUGGAAUCUGCCUCAGGACAGAACAGGCCUCUAGGCAUAAAAGACAAACACUGUUAGAUUUAUCAGUUAUGCAGGUGAAGUGCUUCCCCUUCUGAGAGACAGGGUCCAAAUAAAUACAGGUAAUUGCAACUCACUCAGGUAGAACCUUUCCUUUAUGGAAGGAAAAGCUUCAGGUUAGCAGUGGUUCAGAAUGGGCCUUUCACACCUGGAAGCCACGGUCUAGGAUUCAGUCUGGAAGUGUGGCGAUGUGUGUUGGGCCCACAUCACUUGUGUCACCUUCAACAGUAAAGUCCUAUGUCUGCAAAUGUAAUGCUUUGGUCUGGAUGUGGUGGUGCACACCUGGAAUGCCAGCUCUUCUGGAGGGUGAAAUGGGAGGAUCAGAAGUUCAAGAUCAGCCUAUGCAAUGUAGUGAGACCCUGUCUCAAAAUAAAUGAAUAGGACUAGGAUUGCAGCUCAGUGGUACAGCACCCCUGGCUUCAAUCCCCACAACCUGGAAACAACAACAACAACAAAAAAUGAACAAACAAAACAAUGUGAUUACUUGGGGGAAGCUUAUGGACAAGAGCACAGAGGGACUAAUACACAGUUUCUUCUUAACCAGAAACAUUUUUUUCUGUUCCUUAAGAGUUUAAAUUUGCUUUUGGAAACUACAUGAGUUUGAAUUCAUCAGAAAAGAAAAAUCUCCUAUUUUGGUCAGCAUUCAGCACACACCACCCUAGGGCUGGGUAUCCAGUGUGACCAAAAGGUUACAAAUACUCAAAGCAAACAGAUGCUGCCUGCAAUAUGAAGGCCACCAUUUGAAAUAAAUCUUUUAAGUGACGCUA